UCUACUGGGAUGGCAUUGGUGCCUGGCAAACUGGGGACUGGACGUCAUUAGAAGCAAUCCUUCCUAUGCUGUUCCUUCAGGUAAUUCCGACUCAAACUUGUACCAACUUGUUUUUGACUGACAGCGAAAAGCAAGAAUCCUUCUUUAUUUUGAGAAACCUUAAGCACCUAUCUUUCUAAGGCAACCUGCAUGGACUGAUCAUUUCCUUGUCUGGUCACAAUUUUCCAUCCAGCCAGGAGCCCACAUUCGUCAUUCUUUGCAGAGGAGGUAAAGUUCAACCUGACUUCUGAAGUUUGAGGAGGUGGAUGAGCCAAGAAGGGGAGAAGGGAGGAUCUUCAGGAAGGAAUUGCAUGUUCACAGACGUGGAGCCCCGAAGGCACUGAGCUGUUGGGGAAGAGGCGAGUCCGCACCCCAUCCCCAAAGGAGCCAAGCUGAAGGUCUUAAAAGCUUCGUAAGCAUUGUGCUUUCUGAAGGCGCUGAGGAGUUGCCUUCUCAGCAGUGGGCGCCACUGGAGAUUUAUGGAGAGGAGACUGAAUCAGGGCUCUGCAGAUGAGUAAGCCUCCUUUUCCUGGCAGCAGCAGCAGCAUCCCAUGGUAGCCAGGUGGGUGAAGCGGAGCGAGGACGUGCUACCUGCCCUGCAGAGGACUCCUGACCUACUGAGGAGUCUAAAGAGCUCCACCAUGGAUACCAUUCACAUCGGCAUGUCCAAUGCCUCCCUGGUGAAACACACUGCUGGGGCUGGACUCAAAGCCCACAGACCCCGUGUCAUGUCCAAGAGCGGCCACAGCAAUGUGAGGAUCGACAAAGUGGACGGCAUAUAUCUACUUUACCUGCAGGACCUGUGGACGACGGUCAUUGACAUGAAGUGGAGAUACAAACUCACCCUGUUUGCCGCCACCUUUGUGAUGACCUGGUUUCUGUUUGGAGUCAUCUACUAUGCCAUUGCGUUCAUUCAUGGAGACUUGGAAGCUAGCGAGCCUGUCUCUAACCACACACCCUGCAUCAUGAAAGUGGAUUCUCUCACGGGCGCCUUCCUCUUUUCCCUGGAAUCCCAGACCACCAUCGGCUAUGGGGUCCGUUCCAUCACAGAGGAGUGCCCUCAUGCCAUCUUCUUGUUGGUUGCUCAACUGGUCAUCACCACCCUGAUUGAAAUCUUCAUCACUGGGACCUUCCUAGCCAAAAUUGCAAGACCCAAAAAACGUGCUGAGACCAUCAAGUUCAGCCACUGCGCGGUCAUCACCAAGCAGAAUGGGAAGCUAUGCUUGGUGAUCCAGGUAGCCAACAUGAGGAAGAGCCUGCUGAUCCAAUGCCAGCUCUCGGGCAAGCUCCUCCAGACACACGUCACCAAGGAGGGCGAGCGGAUCCUCCUCAACCAAGCCACUGUCAAAUUCCACGUGGACUCCUCCUCCGAGAGCCCCUUCCUCAUUUUGCCCAUGACCUUCUACCAUGUGCUGGAUGAAACAAGCCCCCUGAGGGAUCUCACACCCCAAAACCUAAAAGAGAAGGAAUUCGAGCUUGUGGUACUUCUCAAUGCCACCGUGGAGUCCACCAGCGCCGUGUGUCAGAGCCGCACAUCUUACAUCCCAGAGGAGAUCUACUGGGGUUUUGAAUUUGUGCCCGUGGUUUCGCUCUCCAAAAACGGAAAGUACGUGGCCGACUUCAGUCAGUUCGAGCAAAUCCGGAAGAGCCCAGAUUGUGCCUUUUACUGUGCGGAUUCUGAAAAGCAGAAGCUGGAGGAGCAGUACCGGCAGGAGGACCAGAGGGAGCGGGAGCUGAGAAGCCUUCUGUUGCAGCAGAGCAAUGUCUGACCCCGGGCGUCCUCUGGGGGGUACCUCCAGAGCUUACUCUACUUCAGGGCUCCCCUCAAACACAAAUGGCUGCUGGAAAGCUGUGACGAAAUGAAAACGUGUGGAUCCCUCUACCCAAGGGCAUACUGGAUGCAAGGUCUCUCCCUUUGAUCUGGCGGCUGAGCCAGCCUUUCCAUGUUUGAGUGGGUCCUUUCCAAGUACCUUGCCAGAGAACUCUCAAAAUUCUGAGUUUUCUAAAUUGAGGCUGCAUUUCCAAAAACCAGAUGUGGGAUGAUGGAAAUGAUAUCCUGUUAGGAGGACAGCAAUGCUUGCUGAUAAUGGAAGGAAAUAUAUUUCUACAGAAAACUUAUCAGCAAUGAGGUAUUUAUUUAAUCCAAACACCAAAAGCAUUAAUGACUGAGUGUCAAGAUGUCAUUUGGUAUCUGCUUAUAUUGUUGCUUUGACACAUGUUCCUUUUGUUUCGGUAAAUAAGUGUUAUAAGUAAGGUUGUCUAUCUGGUAACACCCAAAAAGGGUUAGGUGGGCAGAGGGGCUCUAAUCUUACAAAAUACAGUCAUUCCAUUGUAACCCUUCUCUGUGGACUGAAUGGUAUGGGAUGAUAUUUGUCAAAUCUGUCAUGAAGAGUUCUGAGGAACCUGUCACUAUCCUGAUGCAGAUUGCUCCUGUUACUUAGGGGAUGGGGUGCCAAUCCCUUUUAAAAAAAAAAAAUCCCAACUGUGGUUCACAGAUCAGCCACACAAUGUCACCUAGUAAGUGAUUUGGUUACAAAUGGAAGCUUAUAAAGCUCUGCUUCAGAGAGGGUUUUCAAAGGUAUUUUUGAAUCCAUUCGGAAAGCAGGCUACUUGGGUCCCAUGUCCGUGUGGCCUCCAGACCUGACCUGCUGUCAUUCUUUUUGGUCAACAUUUCAUUCACCCAUUUUGCAUCUUACGUAAGAACAUACCUUAUGCCAUGAAACUGCACAAAAUUGCCCGCUGAUAUUUCAGGAGCCAAGGAGAGCUCUCGAGAGCACUGGAUGUCACAGUCCUGCUAAGUAUAUGGCUUGGUGACUAGAAGUGGUGGAUGACCUCAUAGGAAUUCAGUGCAGCUACGGCAGCAUGUAGAGCUGGGUGGAAGUGUGGUGGGAGGAGCCAAAGGAAGGGGAUUCAUGAGCAGGAGCACCCCUUGGUGCAAAGAACACAAUUUUAUGUCUCCAAACAUGUAAAGAACACCCGCACGUUCAAACACAUGUCUUACACCCCAGUGUUACACAGGCAGCAUUUUUUUUCCCUCUGGCAAAAUGUAGGAGCCUAGUGCCCUGCAUCCCUUUGGGGAAGAGAAUAAAAUACGCAAAAUACGUAGCAGUGGAUGCUCAUCAGACUCAGAUAAAGACAGAUUGGACAUUCAUUCAAACAACAUGUGUCCAUGAAUGUGUAGGCAGUACACACACACACACACACACACACACACACACACUCAAACACACAAACACGCAAAUGCGAGCCCCCAAACACACACAUGUAUGUGUGGUGUAUGCCCUGGCUCUUCAAGAGUGGUCAUAGGAGACAACCAUGGAAAACAUUUGCAGUUGAGACAGUACACCACAGUUAUGCUCAGUAUUUUUGAUUCUGUAAGAAGUUGAACUGGCGCACUUGGAGAAACGGGAACAAUUGGAUUGCGACCACAGGGGCAACAAGAAUGUGGAUUGUUCCACACACGGCCAUGUCUCCAUGUGAUCAGUUGUAUAAAUGCUGUUCCAUUAAGCAGAGGCUGUGGAAAUAGGAUAUCUGACCUGCAACUGAACUAAUGUUACACAGAUAUGAGAGAAAUGGAGGCAAUGUUUGCAGAAGUUUAGAAAGCAAUCUAGGCGUGAGAGGGAAGACUUUACCUUUAAUCAUUGAUGAUUUUUUUCUCUUUCUGUUGAUAAUCUAAUGGCAGAUUGCUUUUGAUGCUGUAUUUAGUCAUUAGUCCUGAAACUAUCAUGCUUGUUGCUUUUGUUUUGUGCUGUGGCAUAGGCCACAGGAAAGUGACGCCUCAUGUGCGUUUACGGCUGCUUUUUCUGUUGCACAAUUACAUCCUUUUCACAGUAUUUCUGUCAGUGCUGACUUGGAUGUGAUCAAGAUUAGGCAUCCAGCUCAUUUAUAUUGUACAUGGUACAAUGAUGCUGUGUAAGAUUCAAACUCAUUUUUGUAUGCUCAUUUAGCAUAUUGUUUUUAGCCAUAUUUGAAGGACCUAAUCAUCUGAUCUACGGAACAAUAUGUGAUGUCUUAACACCCAAACAUGAGCUGGUCUGGUGGUGCAUGCCUGUCAUCGCAGCACUUGGGAGAUGGAAGCAAGGAGAUCAAGAGGUCAAGACCAACCUCAGCUACAUAGUGAGUUUGAGGCCAACAUGGGCUACAACAAGACUAUGUCUCUAAACAAAGUGGGGGGAAAGGCUGGAGAUGUAGCUUGGUCAAUAGAGUACCUGCCUCACAAACAUGAGGCCACUUCCCAGAAUCCACGUACAUGCUGGGUGUGAUGCUUACAAUGCCAACACUCGGGAUGCAGAGACAGGAGGAGCCCUGGUGCUCUCUGGUCAGCCUGUUUAGCCUGAUUGGCAAGCGCCAGACCAAUGAGAAAGCCUGUCCAAAGGAGGAGGACAACAUACCUGAGGAUACACCCAAGGUUGUCCUCUGGCCUCCAUGUGAACAUGCAACCCACAUGUAUGAGCACCUGCAUUGACACACGCAUAUACAUACAUCUGAACACACAGGUACAUGCACAGCAGAUGCAUAUGCAUGCAAACAAAUAAGCAAUAAACAAAAGACUUAAAAACACAUGUAUAAGUGAAACAAUCAUAGCAUGAUAUCCAAUAAUCAGUUGUAAAGUUGUGACUCGUUGGAAACUUAGAAUUUUUCAGGCACACCUAACUAUUAAUUCACUUGAAAAAAAAAAAACUCAUGUCAAUAUUCUAACAAAGGAUAUAAGUAGCAAAUGUAAUUAUUAUAUUUAAAUAGUUUUCUGAUUAAAACAAAGUCAUGCUCAACAUCCAGGAGUUAGUCAUUGGACUAGUUGAAUAUCUGAUCCAAAGAAGGCUUUUGAAUUUUACAACAUACCCUGUGUGGUAGGUCUCGUCAGUGAAACCACUCAAACCUGGGCUUAGGGGACUAGGGACAUGGCUUUGUGGGUAAAGCAAUGACCACACAAACUUGAGGACCUGAGUCCAGAUCCCAGAACCCAUGAAAGAGUUCAACAUGCCAGUGCAUAACUACAAUCCCAGUGGCAGUGUUGACAUAAGGAUCCCUGGGACAUGUUGGUGACUGUUCUAACUGAAUGGGGAAUCUGCCUUUAAAAAAUGUGCCAACAAAUAAGUAGAGAAAUCAUUGAGAAAGACACUCAACGUCGACUUCUGGCCUGCACGUGUUUGCACACCCAUAUAUACCCACACACUUACAAACAUUCAUGCACACAUGUACACAAAUCACACACAUGCACAUGCCAAAAAAACAGAAUCAAAAUAAACAUGUGGUUCAUGUGGGAAAGCACAAAGCCAAUAGCAGACCAGUGUGAGGCAAAAGCCCAAUAUCCUUUCAGUGGGAGAGCACAGCAAUCCCACCAAGGGCCCCGACAGCAAAGAAUUUCACUAGUUUUCACAGUGAGCUGUCUUUAGGCUGGAGUGGGGGGCACACAUUGACUCCAUUUUAUUUAUAGGUAAAUUAGCACAGUUUCCAGAAAUAUACUGAAAUAACUAGAUAAUGGUAAAAAAAAAAAAGGACCAUUCAUCAAUGGACCAAAUAUUUAUAUAAACUUAAAACAUCUCCAUUAUUUUAGUUUGCUUUUCACUAGAAUGAAAUUUUUAAUUUAAACUGGCCAUGAUCUUGAUGUUACUGAACUAUGAAUCAAGACAUAGAUUUUCAAGUGCCACUUCUAAUCCAGUCUGGAGGGCAAGGCAUGCUUAGAUCCUUGUAAGUAAAACAGAAAGGAAAAAUGAAAAGGAAAGGAACAAGAAGAAGAGGAAAAGAAAGGCUGAAAGGAAGGAGGGGGAAAGCAAAGGAAGUCAGAGGCUGGCCCACUGAAUGGAAACACACCACUGUAGGUGGUGGUUCUCCGUGUGGACUGGGUGGCUGGAGGGUCAGAUGUGACCGUGGGGAAGUGACAAAGACACCACCACUCCUGAGUUUCUUUCUUGCCAGACUUUCUUUGCCUAUUAAAACUUUGAAAAAAACCAAUCCUCUUUGCCAAUGUGAUUUUUAAAAUUAAAGGUAUUACUUCUCAA